AUGUUGGACCAAAUGGCAAACGAAAUCAAGCUGCUGUCGGGCACGUCUCACCCGGAUCUCAGCGCGCAGGUCGCCAGUCGGCUCGGCAUUGAAGUCGCAAACACCCUGAGUCUUCACUACUCCAACCAGGAGACCAGCGUCUCCAUUGGCGAAUCCGUCCGUGACGAGGAUGUUUUCAUCCUGCAGUCCACGGCCCCCGGCGAUGUCAACGAUGGCCUCAUGGAGCUCCUCAUCAUGAUCCACGCCUGCCGCACCGCCUCGGCUCGUCGCAUCACGGCUGUGAUCCCCAACUUUCCCUAUGCCCGACAGGACAAGAAGGACAAGUCGCGCGCGCCCAUCAGCGCCAAGCUCAUCGCCAACAUGCUCCAGGUGUCUGGCUGCAACCACGUUAUCACCAUGGAUCUCCAUGCGUCGCAAAUUCAGGGCUUCUUCAACGUCCCUGUUGACAACCUCUAUGCGGAACCCUCUGUGUUGCGCUGGAUCCGCGAGAACCUCGACUCGCAGAACUGCGUCAUUGUCUCGCCUGACGCCGGUGGUGCCAAGCGCGCAACCUCCAUCGCUGAUCGUCUAGAGACUGCCUUUGCUCUCAUCCACAAAGAGCGCCCCCGUCCCAACGAGGUAGGCCGCAUGGUCCUUGUUGGUGAUGUCCAGGACAAGGUGGCCAUCUUGGUGGACGACAUGGCCGACACGUGUGGUACUCUAGCCAAGGCCGCGCAGACAGUCAGCGACCACGGUGCCAGGGAAGUUUGGGCGAUUGUCACGCACGGUAUUCUCAGCGGUAAGGCCAUUGAUACUAUCAAUGCGUCGGUUCUGUCCGGACUGGUUGUGACCAACACUGUUCCUCUUGGUGACAAGACGGAGCGCUGCCCGAUACUCAAAGUGAUGGAUGUCUCCGGGACGCUAGCCGAGGCCAUUCGCCGCACACACAACGGCGAGUCUGUGUCGUACCUCUUUACCAAUGUCCCUCACUAGUCGAAAAAAGGUGUGGCUCUCGCCAAAUGCAUUUAGGAUAGGAGUUCAGGUUGUCUUCAGGAAAUCAAUAGAACCAAAACGCCCGUUUUCUUUCCAGGCGCUAAUGAGUGCUCGGGUUGGGCUGGCGUUGUCUCUCUUGGGAACAUGGAUAUGUUGUACGCCGGCAAAAGUGGUUAUUAGGAUAGCGUGGGUACACAAGCGACUAAUGAUAAAUUCAUGGUAUUUUUCAAUGUUAGCAUCGGGUCGUCGUCAAAGUAUCGAUGCAUUCAUGACUGAAAGACAACAAGGCCUUCUUUCAGCAUCAUGUCAACAGGGGAAAUCAGGUUGUAAACUCAAGCUGUUAUGAACACCCAGAGACUCAAGAAACACGUAAAAUCCUCGAAGAAUCAAGGAGAAAGCCUC